GGUCCGGCCCCGCUGACUAAGACACUGUGUCGUCACUUGCCCCUCCAUGCCUCACAUUUCCGUCCGCACGACCGCCGGGAGCUGUCUGAGCUGGCACACCUACAGCUACUUAGCUACCUACCAAAAACAUCCCGCCUUAUUCUUGCAUAGCGAACGCUCGGCCUGUACGCCAAAACGCACAUACACACACCAUGGAUCCAGCAUCGUCGACGACGCCGACACCACCGCCGCCGCCGUCGCAAACGCCCCAGCAGCCCGCCUUCCCCUCCAUCAAACCCCUGCCCCGCGCCCCGCGCAGCUUCCAGACCCCCACCAAGCGCAUCAACACCGGCGCCGACCUCUCGACCUUCCUCACGACGACGGCCUACCGCGACAUCCUCCUCUUCCUCCUCCAGCUCAACCGCUCCCUCUGCCCGCGCCGACCGCCCGGUGGCGGCGGUGGCCCUGCCACGACCUACCCGCUGACCUCGCUGCCGCCCCCGGCCCGCCUCCCGCCCUCCAUCGCCGCCCUCCAGAACCUCCUCGCAGCCGCCGAGUCCCUCAUCGACCUCGCGCCCCCGGACCCGGGCCCCCGGCGCUUUGGCAACGUCUCCUUCCGCAGGUGGCACGAGCUCCUCGCCGAACGCGCCCCCGGCCUGUUGGCCGAGCACCUCCCCGACUCCGUCCUCGCCUUUCCCACCGCCUCGGGCUCCGACCCUCCCUCGUCCGAGCUCCUCUCCUACCUCCUCGGCGCCUUCGGCUCCCCGCAGCGCCUCGACUACGGCACCGGCCACGAGCUCUCCUUCCUCGCCUUCCUCGGCUCCCUCUACAAGCUCUCCUUCUUCGCCGACGACAUCCCGACCUCCGCCGCCGCCAGCGAGCCGGACACCGCCGCCCUCGACCGCACCAUCGUCCUCGGCGUCAUUGAGCCCUACCUCCGCGUCGUCCGCCGCCUCAUCCUCACCUACACCCUCGAGCCCGCCGGCUCCCACGGCGUCUGGGGCCUUGACGACCACUCCUUCCUCCCCUACAUCUUCGGCUCCGCCCAGCUCACGAGCCCCGUCUCCUCGGGCGCCGACCCCAUGCCCACCGAGGGCUCCGUCCGCGGCGCCCCCAAGACGGGUGACAUCGUCAAGCCCGCCGUCGUCGAGGCCCAGCGGUCCGAGAACAUGUACUUCUCCGCCGUCGGCUUCAUCAACGACGUGAAGAAGGGCCCCUUUUGGGAGCACAGCCCCAUCCUCUUUGACGUGUCGGGCGUCAAGGAUGGGUGGGGGAAGAUCAACAAGGUGAGUCUCUCUACACCCCGGUCUGCGGGGGGGGGCCGUAUGAAGGAACGGAAGCAUGCUGACAUCCCCCACCCUUUCCGCCUCAGGGCAUGCUCAAAAUGUUCAACGCAGAGGUGCUCCAAAAGUUCCCCGUCGUCCAGCACUUCACCUUUGGCUCCCUCUUCUCUUGGGACCAGGACCCCGACGCCAUCCCCGUCUCGCAGUCAGUCCACGCCGCGAACCAGCCCUCGUACAACUACCCCGCGACCACAGCGCCCCCGCCCCCACAGGGCUCAGGCACGGCGGCGCCCUGGG